AUGGCAGGAACCAAGAAUUUGUCCAGCCAACAAAAAACACAAAACAUGCAAAAAUUAUUGACCAAAUUAAACAAGAAGGGUAAAUCGAUGCUUGGUACAAUUAAUGAACUUGCAACAGAGUACCAAGUCUCUAGGAAAACAAUAACCAGAUUAUGGCAGGAAGUUCAGAAGCAAAGGGAGAACAACAACACAGCCAUCAAUUUCAACAAUAAGAGGAUUGGGAGACGAGCACCCAAUAAAAUUCAAUUUGAUGACGAGAAGUUCAAGUCCAUUAAAUUUGAACUCAAAGGGACUCAACAUUCAGUGGCAAAGCAAAUGCAAGUUUCACAGUCAACUAUAUGCAGGUGGAAGAAGGAUAGAAUAAUUAGAAAGCAUACAAACGCAAUCAAACCCAUACUAAAUGAUAACAACAAACUACACAGAUUAAGUUUUACAUUAUCUAAGUUGCAAUAUGAUGAAAAAAAUGAUUCUUUCCAAUUUAAACCACAUACUAACAUUGUUCACAUUGAUGAAAAGCAUUUCUAUCUAACUCGAGAAUCACAGACUUACUACCUAGCUUUGGGUGAAAUAGGGAUAUGGCCUUUUGUUACUCAAGAGCCUGCCAAAAGGAGCUCAAAGAAUAGAAAGAGGGGGGAAUUGGAGACCAAACCAAUACAGUCAAUAACCAAAGAGCACAUGAGAUCAAUGCUCAUCAUUAAUGUCAUACCCACAAUAAGAGCAAAGUGGCCAAACAGAAUGUCAAAGCACAUUUUCAUUCAACAAGAUAAUGCAAAGCCACACAUAGCACAUAAUGACAAGGAAUUCAUGGAAGAGGCAAUGAAAGAUGAUUUUUUUAUACAACUUGUACAACAACCACCAAAUUCACCUGACAUUAAUGUAUUAGAUCUAGAUUUUUUUAGGUCAAUUCAGGCUUUGCAAUAUCAAAAUGCAGCCUACAAUGUACUACAAUUACUAAGUGCUGUGAACAAUGCCUUUGACAAUUUAAGUGCACAAUGUUUGAGAUUUGUAUUCAUUACAUUACAAGCUUGCAUGAUUGAAACCAUGAAUAGGCAAGGGGAUAUUGACUACCACAUCCCACACAUGAACAAAACAAAGGCUGCUAGGGAGGGGACAUUGCAUGACUAUCUUAGUGUGGACAAACAAUUAGUGGUUAAAUCUCUUCAACAUUUAUUCACAAGAAUGAGUUCAGAGACAAUGAACCAAUUAGUUGACAUAAUAGGGUAUCAAGGGGGUCUUGAUGAAGCCCAAAGUAAUGAUGCACAAUAG